AUGUCCGAAAAUCCGAAGCAAGAAGAUUUGGAAGGUCUUAAGCACUCCCCACCACAGCUCGCCUCAUACCAGGAUGUGCAUGCGGACGCCGUGUUUGGGGAUAUCACCGAUGAUGGUCCAAACUACCGUAGUCUGGGAUGGUUCGCUACUGCCAUCCUCAUGACCAAAACCAUGAUAGGACUAGGCGUCAUGUCGAUUCCUGCGGCAUUCGACGUCCUCGGUCUUGUUCCAGGAACUCUCUGCCUCUUGGCUGUUGCAACAAUCACCAUCUGGUCAAUGUUUGUGGUUGGAACAUUCAAGCUCAACCACCCCGAGGUGUACGCUAUUGACGAUGUCGGCUACAAAUUCUUUGGCACCCCCGGACGGGUCUUCUUCGGUGCGACAUUUUGUAUUUGUAAGUGCUCACUUCCUUUAUUCAUUAGUUCCGAGCCCGAGGCUGAUACUGCAUUGGAUUGGAUAUUCGUUUCUGGGUCUGGUCUGCUCAGUAUUUCAAUAGCUUUGAAUGCCAUUUCGAUGCACGGCACUUGCACGUCGGUUUUCGUUGCGGUUGCAGCUAUUGUGACAUUUUGUCUAGCGAGUGUUCGCACUCUGGGUCGCAUGAGCUGGGUUGCGUGGGGUGGUCUCAUAAGUAUUCUGUCUUCUAUCCUCACCCUUACUAUUGCCGUCGGUGUUCAGGACCGACCUGUAAGUGCGCCGCAGACGGGUCCCUGGAAGUCAGACUAUGAGCUGUUCAAAAAGCCCUCCUUUCUGGAGGCUGUCUCAGCAAUCUCCACUAUGAUCUUUGCAUACGCGGGCACGAGUGCAUUCUUCGCUAUUGUGGCGGAGAUGCGUGAGCCUCGGCACUAUGCUCGGUCUCUGACCAUAUGUCAAUCCAUUGUGACAGCGACAUUUCUCACCAUCGGUGUUGUGGUGUAUUGCUAUUGUGGAUCGUAUGUGGCAUCCCCGGCCUUGGGAUCUGCUGGAGCGCUGUUGAAAAAGGUCACUUAUGGCCUUGCGAUUCCGGGCCUUCUUGCAUCGACAAUCAUUCUCUCUCAUUUGUCAAGUAAAUUUGUCUUCGUUCGUCUACUUCAGGGUAGCGAGCAUCUCACAGCGAAUACUCCGCGUCAUUGGAUCACUUGGCUCAGCUGCACGUUUGGUGCCACGAUCAUCGCAUAUAUCAUCGCAAGUGCUAUUCCCUCAUUCAACAGUCUGGUCUCGCUGGUCGGGGCACUUCUGGGCACGCUGAUGUCCUUCCAACCGAUGGGGGGUAUGUGGCUUUAUGACAAUUGGGGCCGGAAAAGGGACGAGAAAAAGCUGACCUGGUACCUCAUGGUCUGCUGGAGCAUCUUCGUGAUCAUCCUGGGCACCUUUCUGAUGAUAUCUGGGACUUAUGGUGCGGUGGUUGAAAUAAUCGAUGGCUACAAAGACUCUGGGGGCUCAGCAGCAUGGUCAUGCGCAGACAAUUCCAACUCGGUAUAA